AAGCUUCUGGGAGCGAGGGGGUGGGACCGAAAAAAAUCAAAAAAAGCGCGGCGAAAGCUAAAGGCCGGCGCAGGCUGAGAGGUGGUGGUCCGCAAGCCGGGCCGCGGCCGGUGCGAUGGACUCUACUGCCUGCUUGAAGUCCUUGCUCCUGACUAUCAGUCAGUACAAAGCCGUGAAGUCAGAGGCGAACGCCACUCAGCUUUUGCGGCACUUGGAGGUAAUUUCUGGACAGAAACUCACACGACUAUUUACAUCAAAUCAGAUAUUAACAAGUGAAUGCUUGAGUUGCCUUGUAGAGCUACUUGAAGACCCCAACAUAAGUGCUUCACUGAUCUUAAGUAUUAUUGGUUUGCUGUCUCAACUAGCUGUAGACAAUGAAACCAGAGAUUGUCUUCAGAAUACAUAUAAUCUGAAUAGUGUGCUGGCGGGAGUGGUUUGUCGGAGCAGCCACACUGAUUCGGUGUUUUUGCAGUGCAUUCAACUUCUACAGAAGUUAACAUAUAAUGUCAAAAUUUUCUAUUCUGGUGCCAAUAUAGAUGAAUUAAUUACGUUCCUGAUAGAUCACAUUCAAUCUUCUGAAGAUGAGUUAAAAAUGCCUUGUCUAGGAUUAUUGGCAAAUCUUUGUCGGCACAAUCUUUCUGUUCAAACACACAUAAAGACAUUGAGUAAUGUGAAAUCUUUUUAUCGAACUCUUAUCACCUUGUUGGCCCAUAGCAGUUUAACUGUGGUUGUGUUUGCGCUUUCAAUAUUAUCCAGUUUGACAUUAAAUGAAGAGGUGGGGGAAAAGCUAUUCCAUGCUCGAAAUAUUCAUCAGACUUUUCAACUAAUAUUUAAUAUUCUCAUAAACGGUGAUGGCACUCUAACUAGAAAGUAUUCAGUUGACCUACUGAUGGAUCUCCUUAAGAAUCCUAAAAUUGCUGAUUAUCUCACCAGAUAUGAGCACUUUUCUUCAUGUCUUAAUCAAGUAUUAGGUCUUCUUAAUGGAAAGGAUCCUGAUUCUUCUUCAAAGGUUUUAGAAUUACUUCUUGCCUUCUGUUCAGUGACUCAGCUGCGCCAUGUGCUCACUCAGAUGAUGUUUGAACAGUCUCCACCUGGCAGCGCCACUCUGGGAAGCCAUACUAAAUGUUUAGAACCUACUGUGGCUUUACUGCGCUGGUUAAGCCAGCCUUUGGACGGAUCAGAAAACUGUUCUGUUUUAGCACUGGAGUUGUUCAAGGAAAUAUUUGAGUUACCUCUCUGUGGAGAUGAUACGCUAAAAAUGCACAUUGCAAAAAUCCUGACAACUGUCAAGUGUACCACUCUUAUAGAACAACAGUUUACAUAUGGCAAGAUUGACCUGGGGUUUGGAACAAAGGUUGCAGAUUCAGAAUUAUGCAAACUUGCUGCUGAUGUAAUUUUGAAAACUCUUGAUUUGAUUAACAAACUUAAACCUUUGGUUCCUGGUAUGGAAGUAAGCUUCUACAAAAUCCUUCAGGACCCACGUUUGAUUACUCCUUUGGCUUUUGCUUUAACGUCAGAUAAUAGAGAACAAGUACAGUCUGGGCUGAGAAUAUUAUUGGAAGCUGCUCCACUGCCAGAUUUUCCUGCUUUAGUACUUGGAGAAAGUAUAGCAGCAAAUAAUGCCUAUAGACAACAGGAAACAGAACAUAUACCCAGAAAAAUGUCCUGGCAAUCAUCAAAUCACAGUUUUCCUACAUCAGUAAAGUGUUUAACUCCUCCUCAUUUGAAAGAUGGUGUUCCUGGAUUGAAUAUUGAAGAAUUAAUAGAGAAACUUCAGUCUGGAAUGGUGGUAAAGGAUCAGAUUUGUGAUGUGAGAAUAUCUGACAUAAUGGAUGUAUAUGAAAUGAAACUAUCCACAUUAGCUUCCAAAGAAAGCAGGCUACAAGAUCUUUUGGAAACAAAAGCUCUAGCCCUUGCACAAGCUGAUAGACUGAUUGCUCAGCAUCGCUGUCAAAGAACUCAAGCUGAAACAGAGGCACGGACACUUGCUAGUAUGUUGAGAGAAGUUGAGAAAAAAAAUGAAGAGCUUAGUGUGUUGCUGAAGGCACAGCAAGUUGAAUCAGAAAGAGCCCAGAGUGAUAUUGAGCAUCUCUUUCAACAUAAUAGGAAGUUAGAGUCUGUGGCUGAAGAGCAUGAAAUACUGACAAAAUCCUACAUGGAACUUCUUCAGAGAAAUGAAAGUACUGAAAAGAAGAAUAAAGAUUUACAGAUCACAUGUGAUUCUCUGAAUAAACACAUUGAGACAGUGAAAAAGUUGAAUGAGUCACUCAAGGAACAAAAUGAAAAAAGUAUUGCCCAAUUAAUAGAGAAAGAAGAACAGAGAAAAGAAGUACAGAAUCAGCUAGUAGACAGAGAACAUAAGCUAGCAAAUUUGCAUCAGAAAACAAAAGUACAAGAAGAAAAGAUUAAAACCUUACAAAAGGAAAGGGAAGAUAAGGAAGAAACCAUUGAUAUCCUUAGAAAAGAAUUAAGCAGAACAGAACAGAUAAGAAAAGAGCUGAGCAUUAAGGCUUCCUCCCUAGAGGUUCAAAAGGCACAAUUAGAAGGUCGUUUGGAAGAGAAAGAGUCCUUGGUGAAACUUCAGCAAGAGGAAUUGAACAAACACUCCCACAUGAUAGCAAUGAUCCACAGUUUAAGUGGUGGAAAAAUAAAUCCAGAAACUGUGAAUCUCAGUAUAUAGACAUUAUGGCAUUUUGGAAUUUGUAAUCUAAUGAUAUUUUUGAUGUAUUUAUCUAUUGGAGGGAGUGGGUAGGGGAGUUAAUUUGUGACUUCAUAACAAUAAGUUAUCUAAUUUAGUAAAGACCCUGAUCUGAUGCAUGUUUUUUAUUUGAUAGUUUGAAUAGAAAUUUAAAUUUUUAAGUUUUACUUUUUGUUUCUGGCUUUUAUUGCUUAAGGCUUUCUUUGGUACUUACAUUAGAAAAUCAUUUUUAACCUUCAUUAUCAUUUUUCUAAGGUUCUUUCCUUUUUCUUAGUUGCUUUCUAUUCUGUGUUGCCUGUCUUAUUUAUUGUCAUUUGUGAUUAUUUAGAUCUUAAGACCAAACUUUCUUGAUAUAACAAUCCUAAAGAUUACAAAAUAAAAAUAUAGAGGGAGUAAAAAUAAAAAGUAAAGUUAAAAGAGAGAAGGUAUGAUAAUGCUAGAGAAGUUUUUCUCUGAAGAAGCAGAGAAGAGAAUAUUAGUGAAUUUAAAAUAAUUUUUAUUGCUGCAUUUAAAAUGCAGUAACAUGUGGCAUAAUUUCUAAAUUUGAAAAAAAUGCAAUGGUAAUAAAAUAUAUAAAAAUUAGAAAA